UUCCAUUCGAUCGAAGUCGACUUGAGUUGCAUCUUGCAGUGUUGUGUUUUGUCGGUAUUUUGCAUCUUCUAUUUUGAUUUUAACUCAAAACUUUAUCAAUGUGAAGAUAGUACGCUAGGUAUUUCGAUAGACUUUUUAGUUUUAGAUAUGAAUAUUUCCGCUGAAGUGUAAAAAUGAGACUGUAUUUUUGUACGACAUAAGUUUUAUACUACAAAUAGUAAAAUGGAAGCUAAAAAGCAGGCAACAGGAGCUCAGAUCACUGCGUUGCUAGACUACAUGCAGGAGAACCCGGAGUUGUCCAAGGGGCUGGUGAACUCCGGCCUGGAGCGGGAGGAGGUGGAGGCGCAGUGGAGGGAGCUUGCACAGACCCUCAACAACAUGGGGGGGUCAGUCAAAUCUGUGGAUAAAUGGAAACAGACAUGGCGAGACUUGAAAUCAAAUUCGAAAAAGCGAGCCCUAAGAGCACAGCAGUACGAGCCAGGGGGCAGCACCAGUGCAGAGAAUUCCCAGAGCGCCGACCCUAAUGAUAAUGAUAAUGGAAUGUACUCUACUCCCAAGAAACGCUAUGUCUCAUUUGAUGAGGAGCUCCUACGGAUAGAAAGGGAAAAGCUGGAAGUGGACAGAGAAUACAAAGUACAAAAGAUAGAGGUAUUGUCAAGGAUAGCUGCUGCAUUGGAAGAAUUAGGUAGGAAAAAAGAAAUAAUAAAAUAAAAACUUAAUUUAUAUAA